AUGAAGAGCAAGCCACUCCCCAUAUAUACUGCACCACCUCUCCAUUCUAAAUAUGUUGAAGAACAGCCUGGUUAUUUACAAAGGGGAUUUACUUCCAUCCGUACUACAACUGCUUAUUAUAUUGGCUGGUGCAAGGGCAUUUUAUCUCUUUAUGAAAAUGGGGUCAUGGAUACAGUACAAAUUGGAAAAGAUGCAUAUGUCUAUCUGAAGAAUCCUCCUCAAGAUUUUCUUCCCAAAAUGGGAGUGAUUACAGCUUCAGGAUUGGCAGGUUUGCUUUCAGCAAGAAAAGGUUCUAGGUUUAAGAAGAUUGCUUAUCCACUGGGACUGGCCACAUUAGGAGCAACUGUUUGCUACCCUGCUCAGUCAGUACUAAUUGCAAAGAUAACUGGGAAAAAGGCAUACGCUACAAGCCAGCAAAUUUUUCAAGCCAUUAAGUCAAUGUGGACACAAAGCAGUGAAAAAGGAUUACUCCCUGAACCAAAGGAAGAAACCAAGGAAGGAAGGCCUGAUGAAAUCCAUGCCAAAACGCCUGGCCUGGAACAUACGGUGUUUUUGCUAAAAGAACUUGCCUCUGCAACAAAGAUUAAAUCAGAAUCCACCUCAGGUACUACACAGUUUAUACCUGACCCCAAGCUCAUGGACCAUGGGCAGUCUCAUCCAGAUGAUAAAGAUAUGUACAGCACUAGAAGCUGAACUUGAAGCUACAUAGAGAACUGCAAGAUGUACUACGUUGCAAACAAUGAUGAAAAAAAUCACAUAAUGAACGGGUAACUGACAGAAUGUGACGAAAUUUUUCCAUGACAUUUUCAAAUAAACAGUUUGGUCAAUGAGACAAAUGGUAAAAACAUAAAUUAAUGAAUACAACACAAAUAAUAUUAACUGAUUGAUGAGGGAACUGAAGUAGUAGAAAUACUAGGAGUAUAUUCUAUGACUUGUAAUAGAAUUUAUUAGAAAGCAAAAUGAAGUGAAGAUAUAAAUGUCAAUAAGACUGAAUUCUAAAAACAUGCAUAUAAAAAUAUAUGUAUGUAUGUAUGUAUGUAUGUAUGUAUGUAUGUAUCUGCUUCAGUUUUCCCAAUUAUUGUCAGUUAACUUAGAAUGGGGGCUAGAACAAUAUGUUUUUCACUUGACUUUUUUUUAGUGCUGGAAUAAAAUAUCCAUAUUUUAUGGCA